AUGGGCAACUUGGACGACAUUCCCCUAAUGCCACUAUCGGAGGCAUUUUACACUCUCCCUAAACUCAAACCAACAGCCAAAGUGAUUCAGUUCUCAUCUGGAGAUGAGAUAGAACUCUGCUUCGAAACCGAGGUUGACGGGUUGUUCGAUGACGACGCACCUUCGACCGAGCCGUGCCGAAUUAUUUGGGCACCGUCUAGCCUACUCGAGGAGGAGGACUCGAUAGAAGAUAUCCUGCACUUGAUCGAUGAAAAAGCCUUUGACGAAGAGUUUGACCAUAGCCUUGAGAGCGCAGACUUGUGCCUAGACUCUUCACAGGAUGCAUCGAAGGGGGUUGCAGCCAGGGUCGACAAGAUUCGUGAGGGAUGCAACGAGUUUGAGAAGCAACUAUUGAACGCUGUUGUGCUACCUGACGAUAUCGACGUCUCAUUUGACGACGUUCACGUCGACCCUGCAGCCGUCACCUCACUCCGGGCCUUGACAGCCUUGGCAACCGCCGCGCCGCUCGCAUUCACUUACGGCCUACUCGCUAAAGAAAAGAUUCUUGGUGUUCUUCUCCAUGGCCCUCCUGGCAUGGGCAAGACGAUGCUCGCCAAAGCUGUCGCAAAGGAAGCCCACGUCAGCUUUCUGCCUGUCUCUGGCGCCGACUUUCUCUCAAAAUGGGUAGGCGAGGAUGAGAAACUCGUCCGCGCCAUCUUUUCCAUCGCUCGCAAACUUGACCCUUGCGUCAUCUUCAUUGAUGAGGCCGACUCCGUCUUUCGUCAGCGUACAGAGGACGAUAGCUCCUGGAAGAGAGACCUCGUAUCGCAAUUCCUCUUAGAGUGGGACGGAGUCAAGGGCGGCGCCAAAGGGGGCUUUGUCAUGGCAGCCACCAACAGAAUGUCAGACAUUGACCCAGCCGUGCUACGUCGUCUGCCGAGACGUAUCUUCGUCGGUGUUCCCACGGCCGCUCAACGUGAGGGUAUCCUCAGGAUACACCUGAGAGAUGAGAGUCUUGGCCCUGAUGUGACUGUAGAAGAGUUGGCCAAGUUGACGGACUCAUACUCAGGCUCAGAUCUAAAGAGUCUUUGUGUUUCAGCAGCCAUGGCGGCUGUUUACGAGUCAAUCUACGGCAACACUAGCUUGAGCGGCAAGAUAAAGGCGGGUAGAAGGACAAGGAGGAAACAGAUGGAGCGAAAGCUAUGCAUGCGUCACUUUGAACAGGCUAUGGGCGAGAUUGUGGCCACUUCUCAGGGUGGUUCAGCAAAUGCUGCGUCUCCGCUGAAGAAGAGUGUGGGACAACAGGAUCCCGGUAUCGAUGCGCCUUCACUUGCCAAGUUUAAAAAGUUUGGGAAUAUGUAUGCCGGAAAUGGGAAUGAUAAUUAG